UCCCAGAGUGCCCUGCGCGGUACGAGGGAAUCCGACUGCGCCUGCGUAUCCAGACGUGGCAACGGCAUCAUGGCCUCUUGGACCCGCUGCGGGAGUCGGAUGAAGGAGGCGAGAAUGUUCACGCUGGUCCUGCUGGUGUGGCUGCUGUCGGUGCUGGAGGCGGUGAAGGUGUCUCCACUCAUAGAGAAGGUCAGCGACCACAAAGACUUCAAGAAGCUCCUCAGGACGAGAACCAACGUUCUGGUGCUCUACACAAAGACAGCUACAUCAGGGGACUCCCACCUGAAGCUGCUGUCAGAUGUGGCCCAGACUGUAAAAGGCCAAGGGACCAUUGCCUGGGUCAACUGUGGAGAUUCAGAGGGUCGUAAGCUCUGUAAGAAAGUGAAGGUGGACCCAAGCUCCAAACAUGCAGGAGCGGAGCUUCUACAUUACAAAGACGGGACGUUUCACAUCGAGUACAACAGGCCUGCUACCUUCAAGUCCAUGGUAGCGUUCCUGAAAGAACCAUCAGGGCCCCCACUGUGGGAGGAGAACCCUGAGGCAAAAGAUAUCGUCCACAUAGAGACAGAGAAAGACUUCAGGAAGCUGCUGAAGAAGGAGGAGAGGCCGAUCCUCAUGAUGUUCUACGCUCCCUGGUGUGGCGUAUGUAAGAGAAUGCAGCCCAUCUUCCAGCAAGCAGCCACAGAAACAAAAGGAAAAUAUAUACUGGCGGGGAUGAAUGUGCACCCGGCUGAGUUUGAUGGCCUCAAGCAAGAGUACAACGUCAAAGGCUACCCGACCUUCUGCUACUUUGAAGCCCUCUACUUCAGGAACCAGCUGUGCCUGUACAGCUGCCCCAUUGAAACAAAUGGAGAGGAUGCAUUUUACACACACGGAGCUGUUUCUGCUUACCCUCAGCCCCCGCAGCCGAAGACGCCCGAGGUGCCGUGGUCUGAGGGGGACUCUGCAGUCUUCCACCUGACUGAUGAGUCCUUUGACGUCUUCCUGGAGGAACAUCCCGCCGCCCUGAUCAUGUUCUAUGCCCCUUGGUGUGGCCACUGCAAGAAGAUGAAGCCAGAAUAUGAUGAAGCUGCUGAAAUACUCAACAAGGGAGCGAAUAGUCCGGGUGCAUUAGCAGCCGUAGACACCACUGUGCACAAGGCUGUGGGGGAACGCUUCAAGAUCUCCGGUUUCCCAACCGUGAAGUAUUUCCAGAAAGGUGAGGAGAAGUACACGCUGCCGCAUCUCCGAAGCAAAGAGAAGAUCAUCGAGUUCAUGCACAAUCCCCAAGCACCACCUCCACCAGAGCAGUCCUGGGAGGAUAAGCCCUCCAGCGUGAGCCAUCUCGGAUCAGAGGAUUUCCGGGAGGCGCUGAAGAAGAAGAAACACGCUCUGGUCAUGUUCUACGCCCCCUGGUGUCCACAUUGUAAAAACGCUGUCCCCCAUUUCACCACAGCGGCGGAGCUCUUCAAAGAGGACCGGAAGAUUGUAUACGCUGCUGUGGACUGUACAAAAGGACAGAACCACGAGCUGUGUAAGCAGGAAGGUGUGGAGGGUUACCCAACAUUCAAUCAGUACAACUACGGCAAGUUUGUGGAAAAGUACAACGGAGAUCGUGGGGAGGCAGGCUUCAUAGGCUUCAUGCGCAGCCUCCGAGGACGUGACCAGGUCGUCAAGAGGAAGGAAGAGCUCUGAGGGUGGCGCUCGGCUAGGGGGGCGUUGCACUGCACAGUUUGUCAUUGCACUGUGACCUUUGACCCUGGCGAGGGCCCUAUCCGCACUGACGUGGGAGACUUGAUGACCUCAGCGAAAGGCUAUUUUUUUAUACCAACAGAGUACCUUCAGUCAGACCAACCACUUUUCUUUUCAUGGAUAUUCUGAUGGGCAGAAAAUACACGGACAGAAUUAAAAGUGAUUUCAUGUACUUGCCCAAAACACUGUGACUGCAUAUGUGAAAAGCUACACCCUAUACAGUAUCUAUGCAAUACUGACCCCUGCUUAGCCCUGUGUGGGGGGUCUGAAACUGAAUCACACCCAUGGUGGUGGGCACCGUUAAUUAAAGAUGGAGGCGUCACUGUCUGUCUCUCCACAGGGGUCCAAAUCAGUCCCAUCGUCCCUGCUCUGUCUCUAGAGGAGACGCAUGCUGAUUAACAACAAACACAUGUUCCAAUAUUUUUCUACGGUUUCUUCGUGUCUCAAGCCCAAGAACACCCAGAGUAAUGCUUUUUUAUCAGUUCGUUCAUAACUUUCAUGAUUAGUUUGACUUCUAGAUCAUUUUUUUGUUUGCUCUAAACUGUGGCCUUACAGAUCUAAAAAGAUAAAGCGAUUGCUGGAAUUGCAGAAUUGUGAAAUGAUAAGUGGAAGUGAUUCAGAGGCCUUGGGCCCUCGUUAUUCCCUCAAGUGAAGAACAGAACAUGAAAUGCCAAAUAUUACUGCACAUUACCCUCCAAUGCUUUCAUGCUUUAUACAUUUUCAUUAUUAGUUCACAGCAUUCUUGACUAAACUGACAUUUCACCUCUUGCAGCUCCUGUGCCGUUUUAUCAACGUUUUAAUAAAGAUGGAACUCGUUGCCCUAAUAAUGAUAAAAUGUCCUAAACUUAAAACUUCCCUCCGUCUGUUUGAGUAAACAUGGAUUCCACCCAGUAUCCUACAAUCCACUAUGCAUCCACACAUGGUUCAGGGAGACGCUGGAAUACUUUGAGCCUCUGGUUUACAUUUUGGGCAUCAGGGUUUUUGUUUAUUGUUUCCCUCCAUCGGUGAACCGAACGUUUCAGACCGCUGCGGCCAUUUUUGAUAAAGAUCUGCACCUGCCUGCCACACCUUGGCCUCGCUCGUCUUCAGUCAGCUCGGAUCACGCUCUCCCACACCUCCCCCCACAUUUUAAUGGAUGACUUCACACUACAGCAGAGGAGUAAUUAGGUAUUAAUCAACUGAAGUCUCCAGACCCCUCCAGCUUCUCCCAGCAUCAUUGAUUCAGAGUCAUCAUUAAUACCUCUGAAGUAAUUUUUUUAAUGCUCUGUUUUCAGCUCCAAAGGCUUUGGCCACUAUACAUAUUUAAAGGCUUAUCUGCAGCUGGACUUGUGUUUUAUUAUUCAAGACUUCGGUUUCUUUCAUUAUGAAUAUGGUUCUCAGGGAUCGCGAAACACAAUUAAAGGGAACUAGUUUGUUUGUAAUUGUGCAUUCCAGCAGAAUAAUUUGGAGCCCUUAGGUCACCAAAUGAAAUAUUGUUUGUAUCCCAAGAAAAAGAAGAAAAAAUCCUGGAUUGUCCUUUUUCCGUGCUGUAUCAGAAUAUCAUGUUUUGAAUAAGAUGUGUUGUCAGUAGACGUUACUGAACCAUUUCUCGUCAGAGUUCAAGUGAAACUGUCUCGAACGUUCUGGCUGUUACCAAACACGUGUCUGUGUUUAGUGUUCAAAGUGACUAUAAUCACUUGGUGGCGUAUCCAGAGCUUUUUGAAAGAGUUCUUUUACACAGAUACCUGUUGACGUAUCGAUGUGAUUAGGUGUUCACUCCCCCCGUGAGGAGAAACAAUUACCUACGAUAACGUUGUCCAUUUGUUUUCUUUACGGAUCUUCACAGUGACAUCACUCGUUUGUUGAAUAAUAGAACAACCACCUCUGUCUUAUCCCAAAGGAAUCCGUGUUGUGUGGGAAUCUGUCACACUUAUGCCAAGAAGUCAUUGUUGCCUUUGUUGACUUUUCUGUGCCCAGCCAUAUGUACAGUUUUGCCCCUUGCAGUAAGGACCUUGCGAAAUAAAAAAACAAAGAACAUUUCCAGAAAA